AGGCCAAAAAGCGACCACGGCGGAUAUGCCGAGUGGCUCUCUCUCUCCGGCGUGCCAACCUUAUCACCACCCAUUCGAGCUUGCUGCGGCUGCCCGCUGCCCCCACGAUCCCGAUAGUUUUCCGAAAAAAGACACUUCCCCAAUCCGUAGUGGUUCACGUCCUGGUUCCUCGCCGGCGGCAACCGCGCUGGACGAGGUUUCAUCUGCGCUUCGCCGGCGGCAACCGCGCUGGACGAGGUCAUCCACUAGAUAUGCCGCCCUUUCCCUUUCCGUUCCUCGUGUGCCGGUGUGCGGAACGAGCACCCUGCACCCCGAACUCAACUAGAGCGUGAGGCCGUCCGUACCCGUGCAAGCGGAAACGCCCACGCCUGCUUACUCCGCCUCCUCUCUCUUUAUAUCUUAUCUUCUUCCCUCCACCACACUCCCCCGCUGCCGCCGCCGUCAGCGACUGCAGCCGCCGCUAAUCCCAGCGUGUUCUCCGUCUCCGGCUCGAACUCCGUCUCCCCCCGCCGGCUCCCGCGUCUCAACGCCGCUUUCUCUUCUCCGUCCGCUGCCCCCACCACCUGCACCGCCCAACCGACCUCUUUAUUUUUUUUUUAUUUCUCACAUUUUUCCCUUGUCGACCUAGCCACACAUUCUAUUUGGGGCUGCUAACUGAGCUUGAACUCUGUUACACAAUUUGAUUUUGUAUUUGAUUAUCGAACAGGUAGCGCUGCUAUCAAAGUAUCAAACACCUUGUGCUGUCAACAUUUAUGAGUGCAAGGCAGUAUUGCUAAGAGUAUCUUGCCAUGGCAUCUCCUGCUUCCGUCACCAACCUCGGAAGCAAUGGGAGGUCUGGCCCGCUCCCGGCUGCAGCUGCAAGGAGGGCGCAGUUGGUCACAAGGAUCAGAUUCACGGGGUUCGAUGGCAUAAGGCGAUGGCAGUAUGAGCCUGGGAGGCUUUGCAGGUGUAUGGUCGUCACUAAUCUGAUUGAGGAGAAGGUUGUUCAGUUCUCGUCAAGAGGGAGUGUCAGUGUGAAAGCUGAUGAUGACAAUGAUCUGCUUCUGAAGCCGCCACAGAAGCCAGUCCGGUCAAAUGGACCCCCGGAGAGCAUGAAAACAGCAUCACUGCCGGAUCAGAAGCCAGCAGGGGCAACUUUAGACGACAGAGAGAAGGUCAGAGAGUCACUGGACGCUGUAUUGGAGAAAGCAGAGAAGCUUGAGGCCUCCAGCUUUGGUAAUGCAGAUGGUGGCAACCUUGGUUCAAGGCAGAGUAAUGUUUCCAUGAGUAAUGGUCCAGGACCGACAGCAGUGGAGGAAGGUGGUAAUUCAAGGAAGACAAAAACACUAAAGAGUGUAUGGCGGAAGGGGAACCCUGUGCCAACUGUACGUAAGGUCAUUAGAGAGCAACCAAGAACUGAAACAAGGAGUCAGUCUAUACCUGUGGCUAAACCUUCAGUGUCAUCUGCAUCUAAGCCUUCCCCUCUGCUACUAUCUAAACCUUCUGUAGCACAGCCUCCUCGUCGGCCUAUCAAGUCUGAUACAUCAAAUGAGAAAAAAGGACCCAUCCUUAUUGAUAAAUUUGCUUCCAAGAGGGCAGCAGUUGAUCCGAUUGUACCUGAGGAAUUGUUAGACCCUCUAAAACCAGUACGAGGCCCACCAGCAAAAGUCAGAGUUGAUCGUCGUAAAAAACCAGACACACAAGCUGGUUCCAGACGACGUAUGUCCAAUGAUGAUGGAUUAGUUGAUGAGGAUACUACUGACGUGCCAAUUUCUGGUGUUCCAGUGCGCAAGGGUAGGAGGUGGAGCAAGGCAAAACGCCGCGCUGCAAGGCUAGAGGCUAUGCAAGCUGAAGAGCCAGUCAGAGUUGAGAUCCUUGAAGUUGGUGAAGAAGGUAUGCUGAUUGAGGACUUGGCAUAUGAGUUGGCAAUUGGUGAAUCAGAAAUUUUACGAUUCUUAUCGGUGAGAGGAGUUAUGCUUGACAAUGUUCAGACUCUAGAUAAAGAUUUGGUUAAGAUGGUUUGCAUGGAAUAUGAUGUUGAAGUACUAGAAAGUGGUCCUGUGAAAGUGGAGGAAAUGGCUAAGAAGAAGGAGUUCCUUGAUGAUGAAGAUUUGGAUAAAUUGGAAGUGAGGCCUCCCAUUGUGACUAUCAUGGGCCAUGUUGAUCAUGGGAAGACAACUCUGUUGGAUUAUAUACGCAAGAGCAAGUUGGUGGCAUCUGAAGCUGGUGGUAUAACACAAGGGAUUGGAGCAUAUCAGGUUCUUUUACCAGUAGAUGGAAACCAUCAAGCCUGUGUUUUUCUGGAUACUCCAGGACAUGAGGCGUUUGGUGCAAUGAGAGCUCGAGGAGCUAGAGUAACCGAUAUCUGUAUUGUUGUUGUUGCUGCGGAUGAUGGUGUUCGGCCACAAACAAGUGAGGCAAUUGCACAUGCAAGGGCAGCAGGGGUGCCAAUUAUAAUAGCAAUAAACAAGAUAGACAAGGAGGGAGCUAAUGCAGAACGAGUUAUGCAAGAACUUUCCCAAAUUGGGAUAAUGCCAGAAAUGUGGGGUGGUGAUACCCCAAUGAUCGAGAUAAGUGCUCUUACUGGGGAUAAUGUUGAUGAACUUCUGGAAACUGUCAUGCUUGUUGCAGAGUUGCAAGAAUUAAAGGCAAAUCCACAUAGGAAUGCGAAGGGCACUGUUAUUGAAGCAUGCCUUGACAAGGCCAAAGGGCCUCUUGCUACCUUAGUUGUUCAGAAUGGAACCCUAAACAAAGCUGAUAUUAUUGUGUGUGGUGAAGCUUAUGGAAAGAUCCGUGCAUUGUAUGAUGACUGUGGGAAGCUCGUUGACAAAGCAGGACCAUCCAAUGCAGUGCAGGUUAUUGGCCUCAAUAACGUUCCCCUUGCCGGUGAUGAAUUUGAGGUUGUUGACAACCUUGAUGUUGCACGUGAAAGGGCGAAUGGGCGUGCUGAAGCACUGCGCAUAGAAAGGAUAUCUGCAAAAGCUGGGGAAGGAAAAGUCACACUCUCAGCUAUUGCAGCAUCGGUUUCAUCUGCGAAGCAAGUUGGAAUUGAUACACAUGAGCUAAAUGUUAUCCUUAAAGUUGAUUUUCAGGGUUCAAUCGAGGCUAUUAGGCAAGCCAUCCAAACUCUUCCACAAGAAAAUGUCUCUCUGAGAUUCCUCCUUCAAGGUCCAGGAGAUGUGAGUGUUAAUGAUGUUGAUCUGGCUGUUGCUUUGGAAGGAAUUAUAUUUGGCUUUAAUGUCAGAGCACCAGGAUCAGUUAAAAACUAUGCUAAGAAGAAAGGUGUUGAAAUUCGGAUGUACAAAGUGAUAUAUGAUUUGAUUGAUGAUUUACGGAAGGCCAUGGAAGGUCUUCUCGAACCUGCUGAGGAGGAAGUACCAAUUGGUUCGGCAAAAGUUCGAGCUGUCUUUAGUAGUGGCAGUGGAAAGGUGGCCGGAUGCAUGAUUACAACAAGAAAAGUUGUUCAAGAUUGUAAUGUGCGGGUUCUUCGUAAAGGGAAAGAAGUAUAUGUGUGUUCGCUUGAUUCCUUGAGAAGGGUGAAAGAAACUGUGAAGGAGGUUGGUGCUGGGCUAGAGUGUGGUAUUGGGGUAGAUGACUUCGAUGAAUGGGAGGAAGGUGACAUCAUAGAGGCAUUCAGUACCGUGAAUAAGACAAGAACCCUCGAGGAGGCCUCUGUUACCUUGACUGUCGCACUCAAGGAUGCAGGGGUCCAGCUGUAGAAUUGGCAACACGCUGGUAAGAAAUAUAAGUGGUUUAACAGUUGCAGCAGCCUGUGGCCAACAAUUUUCUGGCAACGAAUCUGGAGGGCGCUGGUCGAAGUUCCUGAAGAAUAACAAGAAUGUUGUUGUACAAACUCGACAUAUGAAGAUCAAUUCUACACCACCAGUGUCUGAGCUCGACCAUCUCACGCCUGCCAGAGCUGCAUCUGCUGCUGAAAGUUGAUGGAGUCUUUUGCUAUUAUAAUAUUCAUUUAAACAAGCUUCUCUCUUCUAGUAUCUAUAAAUUUAACUUCUCUAAAAUGGUACCUAUAACUUAAUCUCUUCUCUAAAAUAGUAUUAAGUAUCUUUUUACUCUCCUUUCUUAUUUUCCCAGAAGUGAAAUAUCGAAAUGUUCCUAGAGAUUUUGUUUAUAGAUCAUAAUGCUCCCACAUUGCUAUAUGUGACCGAACAUCCCGGUGGUUUUAUUUUACGUUCGGAAAUAUCGCUGCCAAGAUGCUGAGUAUAAACUUUAUUCUUAAGAAGUUCAGAUUGCAGUACUGAAGUAAGUUGAAGCAGCUGGUUCAUGCAGAAAGCAAGUUUAGAUCAAUAAAAGAUAUCAGUAAGCA